GACGACUCGUCACGCACAGCCACCUCCUUCCGCCCAAGCAUGCUCUCGAUCAUCGCCACGUACUCCGCCCCGGUCCCGCUCCACGGACGCGAGCUCACCGCCGGGUGGCAAGCCUACAUGAACCAGGGCCUUCAGACGGGCGCCGCCUACGCCGGCACCGGCGCUUCGGGCGAGGGCUCCUUUGACGACCUCAACGCUCAGACCGCGGACGCCUUCAGCGCGCUCAACCACCAGGGCGAGCCCGCCGCCGCCGCCGCCUCGCCGUCCGCCGCCUCAGCGUCCACCGCCGCCUCGCCGGCCUCCACCAUCGGGACCGACGUCACCUCUGCCGUCGCCACGCCGAUCGUCUCCUCGACCGACGCCUUCACCGCCGGCAUCAUCUCGGUCGUCGACUCGCUCACCGCGGCGCUCGGCUCGCCCGCCGCCUCGAGCGCCGCGCCCGCCUCCGCCGCCGCGCCCGCCUCGCCCUCCUCGUCCGGCGCCGCCUCGGCUCCCCACUUUGCGGGCUGGCAGGCGUACAUGAACCAGGGCAUCGCCACCGGCCUCCAGUACGCCAACGCGGGCGCCGGAGUCGCCGCCGGCACCACCGACCCGGCGACGGGCUUCAACGACCUCAAUGCCGCGACGGCCGACAGCUUCGACGCCCUCAACCACGGCGCGCCGCUCGCCGAGCAGGACGGCGGGGAGCGGCGCAAGCUCGCCGCCGCCGCGCCGGAGGAGAAGGUGUGGACGGGCGCGUGGAGCGACCACCACGCGGAGGCGGGCGGCAAGGAGACCACCUCGCCGCUCGGCGCCGCCAACGUCGGCACCUCCUCCCUCGAGCACGCCGCCACGACCGGCUUCGCGCACGGCGCGUCCCACGUCAUCGGCGCCAACACCCACGGCGCGACCGACGACCACGCCGCCAACUCGGACAUCCUCUCGACCGACAAGUACCUGGGCACGCCGGGGCACCAGAACGACUGGACGCAGUACCUGCCGGUCGUGCCCGGCAACAACGACGGCGGCUACCUCGGCGGCGAGGUUGUGCAGGACGAGUCGCAGGUGUCGGGCUACGUCGGCGGCUCCUACUACCCGUACCCCGCCGCCCCCGCCGAGUACGCCACCGUCGGGCCGAUCUACGCGGGCAAGUACACCGCGGCGGGCCUCGAGACGGUCGCGGGCUGGGCCACGGGCGCCGACUUCAACGAGGAGGGCAUGCCGGAGGGGACGGCGAACCGGUUCCUCGAGCUCGACACGCAGCUGCUGGACGACUUUGACAAGCUGAACCGCGGCGGCUCGGUGCUCGGCCGCUGACCUGAGCCGGGGUGCUACCAUCGAUGUGUGUACUACUCUAGGGAGCGGUCUAGUCCCGUGGUGGGUGCUCGAUUCCUUUGUGUACAACGAACUAUAAACACAUGACGCACCUCAAACGC